AUGUGGAACAAGUUCAAUCGCAACGCCCUACAGGCGUCCAGAGCCAAGCCAAGGCUGACUAUCAUCAAAGCAGGCAGCAUCGAUCUGGCAACUGGCAACUGGCAACUGGCGAUCGCAACCACACCCGCACCACAAUGCUGCACUACUCGUGCUCAUUGUUUGAAGCUUGCUCGCUGGCUUCAGUGUGGCAGACGUGCUUAUAUUGUUGAACUCAGGAACUUCAGCUGUGUAGUUAAUGAUCCUGUGAUUGUUGGAAAUCUAACAUGUAUUAUCCAGAAGAAGCGAUCCAAUCCAUCCGUAUCUACUAGUUUUUUUGUCAAGAAAACUAUGAAGAAGGCUUUUAUUCAGGUAUAUGUGGAUAUCAUAAAAAAGGAUAAGAGCAAAUCAAAUAUAGGACGCGUCCAUCUCGAUGCCUGCAAAUUGUUAGGCUCUUUCUACAAAGAUAGAUAUGGAAUGUUCUUUAAGCGCAUUCUAAUUGCCAGCAACUUCCCCAAAAAAUGUCCGGUUCAGGGCAAUCGGUCUUAUGGAGUCACGAACUAUACAAUCUUAGCGGAUGAGUUUCCCCCGGCAGCGCCUGCAAUGACAUUUCAAGUGCUGAUCAAAAUAUUAAAACCUAAUAACAACUCAAUGGUUGAUGUCAUGCUGGAGGCCGCUUUCAUCUAUUAA